AUGUCGUCUCCGAUUAUGUUGCCUGCCUCAGCCACCUUAGCAAUGACCGAACUCUAUCCUCCUCGUACUUACAGGGGGUUUGCCGACUGCAAAUCAGAGGUUUCGGCCCUCUGGGCUCGGCUGAAAGACAGAGUUGUCAAUCAAGUCCUUUCUUAUAAGCACGUACGACCAAGCGCGUUUGUUUACUUGGAAAAACAUCGGCGGAAGCUGGGGACGUCUGUCAGGUUCACUUACCAUGAGGAUAUUGAAACGCUCCUGAUAAAGAUCCUCCUGGAACCACACGAAGGAGCUCAGCGGAGCAUAGCGGAGGACACAGCAACCAUUCUGAGUAACAUGGGUGUUGAGCGAGAUGAGCGUUGGCCUACGGGUGCUGCAACGUACAAGAUAUCCACAACUUCCGAAUCGGCUAAAGAAGGAGACAGCACGUACAGGAACUGCAUCCUGAGACCUAAUGAAGGAGACUGGCCCCACUAG